AUGGAUAAGCUUUUGUUUUCUCUUCUCUCAGUCGUUUCACUCACGCUUCUCCUCUUUUCACACGGCAGUGAGGCACGCCAGCGAGAGCUGCCGUUGUUGAACGCAUGCCAUUUCAGCUUAAUCAACAGCCUUCGCCCCGCUCAGGCUACCAAGUUCGAAGCCGGGCAGAUGGAAGUAUGGGACCACACGAGCCCCGAGCUCCAGUGCGCCGGUGUGACCUUUGCUCGCAUCACCCUUCAACCCAAUUCCAUUUUCUUGCCCGCUUUCUUUAGCCCACCUGCCCUCGCUUACGUUGUCCAAGGAGAAGGAGUGAUGGGAACAAUUGCUCCUGGUUGUCCUGAGACUUAUCAAGAAGUUGGAGGAGGAAGAGGAGAGCAGCGUGGAGGUUUUGAGGACAUGCACCAGAAGUUGGAGAAUUUCCGGCAAGGAGAUGUGUUUGCUUCACUUGCCGGAGUUUCACAGUGGUGGUACAACCGUGGCAAUUCUGAUGUCGUCAUCGUGAUGGUUCUUGAUGUCACCAACAGAGAAAACCAGCUUGAUCAAAACCCUAGGAUGUUUCAAAUAGCCGGCAGCAGGACGCAAGAAGAACAACAACCAUUAACUUGGCCAUCAGGCAAAAACGCUUUCAGUGGUUUCGACCCAAACAUAAUCGCGGAAGCAUUCAAAAUCGACAUCGAGACAGCUAAGCAACUGCAGAACCAGAACGACAACAGAGGAAACAUAGUCCGAGCAAACGGUCCCCUCCAUUUUGCGAUCCCCUCGCCACGGCAAUGGCAGCAGGAUGGCACUGUUAAUGGCAUCGAAGAGACGUAUUGCUCGGCGAGGCUUCACGAGAAUAUUGACGAUCCAGAACGUAGCGACUUCUUUAGCACACGAGCCGGAAGAAUCAGCACUCUUAACAGCUUCAAUCUCCCCGUUCUACGUCUAGUCAGACUUAACGCUGUUAGAGGCGUACUCUAUAGCGGAGGGAUGGUGUUGCCGCAAUGGACAGCAACCGCGCACACGCUGUUAUACUCGACUGGCGGUCAGGCGAGGAUACAAGUGGUGGACGACAACGGCAUGUCCGUGUUCGAUGAACAAGUGGGACAAGGUCAGCUCCUAUUGGUUCCUCAGGGAUUUGCUGUUGUGAAAAUCGCGGGUGAAACGGGUUUUGAGUGGAUAUCGUUCAAGACAAACGACAACUCUUACAUUAACUCAAUCAGUGGCGAGACAUCCUUCUUGAGAGCGGUUCCCUUGGAUGUGAUCAAAGCGUCCUAUGGAGUUACCGAGGAAGAAGCAAAGAGGAUCAAGUUCAGUCAGCAAGAGACUAUGUUGGCUAUGUCACUAAGCUCCUCUUCUUAA